UAUUUGAAAGAAGGUUUUGCGAAUGGAUUUCUUUCUAAAAGCUGUUUUAUUACUGUUGGUUAUGAACAGUAUGGGUCAGGCUGUACAGAGUGAUUCUCAGCUGUCAGAUAUAAGCACUCCAGGCGCAAGCGGUUCGAAAAUUGUCGAGGAUACGAUACAAAAGGUCGAAACAACUCUCGGGGACACUAACCAGUUUUUGAAACGAACUGCUUUUGUGGAAAGUAAGAAUGGUAAGGAUCCUAACACGUACAGAAGUGGAAAUCAUGGAGGGAUAUGGCAGAUCAAGAGAAGAGUAUUUGAAGACACACAAAGAGUAUCGAGACAUCCUAAUUUGAAAAAGAAUUUUGCAAAAAUCCAGCAGGAUUAUGGCAUCGACUGGUCCAAAGUGAAGUACGUUGACCUGCGUAAGCCUUUGUAUUCAGCUAUCGCGGCGAGGCUGAAGUUACUCAUCGUUGAUCAAGCCAUUCCUCCAGCAACGCAACUGGGCAGUCAGGCAGAUUACUGGGAGAGGUAUUACGACAGCACAAGAAGUAAACGUUCCGCGAUAAAGUUUAUAUCCGACAUUUCAUCCGCGAGUAGACAGCGACGGUCAACACAUAACCAGUGCACAACUACGUACCCGGCAUGCAAAUACACAAGUAGCAGAAGAACGUGCGCAAUUAUCCCAGCAAGCACUUGUACGACCACAAGUGGCACGUGCACAUGCACAUGCACAUGCACAAACGCCAUACGCGCAUGCAAAUGCACGUACGGUGAUUGCUCAAAAGGGGCGAAAGUAUUCAAACAAAAAGGUUCACAGUGUCACGGCAAUUGUCAUCACAAGCAAGGUCCAAGCCUCAGCGGCAUUUGCGGUCGUCGUGCCGGAAGCUUAACGGACUACAAAUAUACCGCUUCAAUGAAGAACUUAGGUAUAAUUUGGAACGAGGAUACUUUGGAUCAAUUUCUAAGAAAUCCUAAAAAAUUCGUCCCUGGAACAAAGAUGGUUUUCGCAGGAAUGAAAAAGAGAAGAGAACGUCGUGAUGUGAUCUGCUAUCUUUGCAACUUGCCGCAAUGUGAUCAAUGAUGUAAUUUUAUUAAUUUCAGCAAAUAUUAAUCAGUAAGAACUAACUGUUGGGUAUAGUUAAAAUAUAAUAAAACAUUCUUUAUUUAAUACAUUCAAACACGCGAUAUGAAAUUACUGUCUCAAAUAAUAUUGAACUAUUUCUCAUGAAUGCUAAAACUUUACGUACGAUUUAGACCAACAAAUACAUGCAUAUACUUCCUUCAAAAGCAGUAAUAAAAUACUGAAAAAGGAAAUAGUUGGUUAACAAAAGCUCGAUCAUAAACGCUGCCAUUUUGGAUUGUUGGAUUCGCUAUAUAUUAGACUAGUUUAAGCAGAAAGUCGUUUUAAAGCCUGGUUUUAACUAAGUCUCGUAUGAGUGACCCAUGCAAAUCAGUCUUCUGAGUUGGAAAUUUUCAGGCCAUAAUUAUAUUCUAAUUUAUAUCUAAGGAAAUUAAAAAUCUUAAAUUAUCCAAAAAAAGCUUUGUGUCCAUUGUUGAUUUUUGCCUUUCUUCAGCUGAAAUGAUCAGCAGAAUCUUUUUUCUUUAUCUCUCCCAUAUAUAUCGUCUUUUUACACUUGUAUAAAAUCUGACUAAUUUCU